AUGGGAGAUAUGUUGGUCCUCGUAUCUGCUGCAGAUGCAACGCGGGACGUCCUUUACGAUCUUGCGGGCGGGUUUCGGAUGGAUGAGAACCACCCUUUGUUUUCCGAGUUUCAGAGAAGAGAAGAUAUGCGCCAGUAUCUCCGAACCAACGUGUGGCUGCGGGAGCUUGAUUACCAGCCGGCCGGCUGA